CGCAAAGCAGAGCUGUAUUUAUAUUUGUGUGUGUGUGUGCAUAGCUUUUGUUUUCCAUAUCAUCACAGACCUUCUCCAGUGCUACAACUCUGAUAAUCUAAAUACGGUCAUUACUAAUACUAAUCAUGAUGAUAGUAAUGAAUUUUCUUUUGACUUUGUGCCUUGAUAACUGUGCUAAGCUGGUGCUGCUUCUUUGUGUUUUGUUGAGUUCCUUUGAUCUCUCUCUGCCUAUAUGCUUCCUUAGCUUUUCUAUUAAACACUAGGCAGAUAAAGGGGUCAGAUUUCUCACUGCUUUUGUGCUUUCCUCCUCACCUUGUUUUGAGCAUAAAUUUAGCAUCUUCUUCCUCCUGUGGAACCAAGAAAACCCCUUUUGGCAUUUCGCUUGAUUCCCAGUCCUUUCUUUCAUUCUUCUUCUUAUGCGUCUGUUCAUCAUCUGGGUUUGGUUAAUCCUAUUUUGACUCCAUAUCUGUAUCAUUAUCAUAAUAAUGAGCUUCAAAACUGUUGUUAUUGGUCAUGCCAUUUUGGCUGUGUUCAUUAUUCUCCUUGUGGGUUCAAGGUGUUUUGGACAAGUAGAAGAAGCUGAUGUGAGUAUGGCUCCAAUGGAGAAGAAAGAGCUGGAAGCACUUUACUCAACCAUACAAGGCUUUGUUGGUAAUUGGUGGAAUGGCUCAGAUCUCUAUCCUGAUCCUUGUGGGUGGACUCCUAUUCAGGGUGUGUCCUGUGAUCUGAUAAAUGGAUUCUGGUAUGUUACUACCUUGAACAUUGGACCUGUAUACGACAAUUCUCUUACUUGUGUCCCAAACUUGGAAUUCAGAUCAAACUUGUUUGAGCUCAGGCACCUCAAAGUCUUGUACUUCUUCAAUUGUUUUCAAUCACAAGACAAAUACCCAUUUUCCAUCCCCAAAGGAAACUGGGAGAAACUGAGUGACAGCUUAGAAUCGCUCGAGUUUCGAUCCAACCCCGGUCUUGUUGGAAGCAUUCCGUCCUCUCUUGGUGUUCUCAAGAACCUUCAAUCACUUAUACUGCUAGAAAAUGGUCUAGCAGGUGAAAUACCCCCGCAUAUUGGCAACCUCAUCAAGUUGAAAAGACUAGUUCUUGCAGAGAAUUCAUUAUCUGGGCAUAUUCCAGAUGUUCUUAACGGUUUCACUGAGUUGUUAAUCCUUGAUCUAAGUGGAAACUCACUAUCUGGGCCUUUGCCUCUAUCAGUUGGAAGCUUAACUUCACUGUUGAAGCUUGAUUUAAGCAACAAUCAUUUAGAAGGCAAUCUGGUAAAAGAGAUUGGUCAUCUCAAGAACCUGACCCUCAUGGACCUGAAGAACAACAAAUUCUCAGGUGGGUUGUCACAAUCUUUUCAAGAGAUGUUUUCAUUAGAAGAACUAGUCUUGUCAAACAAUCCAAUAGGUGGAAGCCUGAGGAUUCUAAAGUGGGAAAAUCUCCAGAACCUGGCAGUUCUUGAGCUCUCAAAUGUGGGAUUGAGAGGGGAAAUUCCUGGGUCACUAUCAAGAUUGAAGAGAUUGAGAUAUUUAGGUCUCGGUGAUAACAACCUCACAGGGAAUCUCUCUCAAGAACUAGCAAGCCUUCCUUGUCUCAAUGCACUGUACCUAAACAGUAAUAAUCUGACAGGAGAGCUUAAAUUCUCUGAGGAGUUCUACGGAAAAAUGGGAAGGCGUUUUGGGGCAUGGAACAACCCUAAACUUUGCUAUGCAAUUGGAAGAAUGAUGUCAACAAGUCAUGUUCCUUUCGGAGUAAGGCCAUGCUAGCAACAGCUACAGGGUCAAAUUGUUUGAACCAAAUAUAAAAACUGAACUGAUUUAGUUCCUGUUCCAUCCUUCUGUUGCUGCAAGAUAACUCUGUUAGUUUUACAUAUGAUGUGAAUACAUAAAUUGUCAACUCUUCGCAUCUAAUUAU